CACUCAAAUCUUGAAUCAUCUUUUGUUAUUUUCUAUCAAAAAUGAAUUCACAGAGUUUAUUGGCUUCGGUAGGCAUUAACAUAGGACUGGCAAUGGUGAUUCUAUUUCUCUUCUCAAUCUUGAAGAAACAGCCUUCAAAUGCUGCCAUAUAUUACCCUCGUCCUCUUUCCAAACGACAUCCCAUCACCUUCCCUCCUUUCUCUCUCCGUCGUUUUAUUCCUUCCUUUUCGUGGAUCCCUCGUGCCUUUCGCGUCACUGAAGAUGAAAUCCUCCAAACCAAUGGCCUUGAUGCACUCAUUGUUAUAAGACUCUUCAAGUUCGGGAUCAAUUUCUUUACUGUUUGCUCUUCUGUUGGAUUGCUAAUACUCCUACCAAUUAAUUUUGGUGGACAGCCAGCUUCCUCUGAUAGCUAUCGUUCCAUGGAUUCUUGCACAAUAUCCAACAUCAAAACAGGUUCUAACAUGCUUUGGGUGCAUUUUAUGUGCUUGUGGUUUAUAUCUCUCUAUGGAUUACACCUUUUAUAUAGGGAAUAUUCUGAGAUUUUAGUUAAAAGGAUUCAACAAGUUCGCAACCUCAGGCAUCGUCCCGAUCAAUUUACGACUCUAGUUCGAGAAAUUCCGGUCUGCGGUGAACACAAGGCUCGUGGCUGUUGUGUUGAUCACUUCUUUUCAAAACAUCAUCCUUACAGUUAUCAUUCUUACAAAAUGUUAUAUGAUGGGAAAGACAUUGAAGAUCUGUCGAAGCAGGCGAGAUAUGUGUAUGAAAAGGUUCAGGGUUUAAGAAAGAAAUGUGAAGGCAAGAAACAUGGUAAAGAAUCGGAUGAAUGUCGAGAUGAUUUAUUGAAAAUUACAGGGCUUGAGGAAAAGCUUGAGGAACUUUGUCGUAAGAUUCGCCAAUUACAGAGUGAAGAUAUGCUCAAAGGAAAGGAAUUACCUGUGGCAUUUGUGACAUUCAAAUCUCGGUGGGGAGCAGCAAUGGCGGCUCAAACUCAGCAGCACACAAAUCCACUUCUAUGGAUCACUGAAAUGGCUCCUGAACCGAGUGAUGUCUCAUGGAGGAAUCUAUCAAUUCAAUACAAAAUCUUGCCUGUUUAUAAAAUAGGAGUCAUUCUUGCAGCAACACUUCUCACAAUUUUCUUUGCAGUGCCCGUCACCGCUGUUCAAGGGAUUGCUAAGUUUGAGAAACUUAAGAAAUGGUUUCCUCCAGCAAUGGCUAUAGAAUUCAUACCAGGAUUAUCCUCAGUGGUGACAGGGUACCUUCCAAGUGCAGUCCUCAAAGGGUUCAUAUACAUUGUUCCAUUUGCAAUGCUUGGGAUGGCUAAACUGGGUGGGUCCAUCUCAAAAAGCAAAGAGGAGAUCAAAGCUUGCAACAUGGUUUUCUAUUUUCUGUUGGGGAAUGUUUUCUUUUUGAGUUUGAUUUCAGGCUCUUUACUUGAUGAGAUUGGAGAAUAUGUUAGUCAUCCUAAGAAUUUGCCUAGUCAUCUUGCUGCUCUCGUCUCUUCUCAGGCAGAUUUCUUCAUGACAUACAUCCUCACAGAGGGGCUCUCAGGGUUUUCUUUGGAAGUUCUUCAGCCAGGAUUACUAAUCUGGGAUUUUAUAAAAUCCCGGACUUACUGCCGAGGAAAAGAGAAAGAUCUUUAUCUUUAUUCACUGCAAUAUUUCCGGGUCAUCCCCAUCGUCUCCCUUUCAAUACUGAUUGGCAUAGUGUAUGCAGUCAUUGCCCCCUUGUUGCUUCCUUUUCUUAUUGUCUACUUCUUCCUCGGCUACGCCAUCUAUAUCAAUCAGAUUCAGGAUGUAUACGAAACUGUUUAUGACACAUGUGGUACAUUUUGGCCGUUCAUUCAUCAUUACAUAAUUGUUGCAAUCAUUCUGAUGCAAAUCACAAUGAUUGGUCUCUUCGGAUUGAAGUCGAAACCAGCAGCUUCCGUAUCCACCAUUCCCCUCCUUUUGCUCACCAUAAUGUUCAAUGAGUACUGCAAGAUUCGCUUUCUUCCUGCAUUUCGAAGCCAUUCUAUUCAGAAUGCAGCUGAAAACGAUGAACUUGAUGAGAAAAGUGGUGAGAUGGAACAUAACUUUGACAAGGCAAUUGAAGAAUAUCGCCAGCCAUGUUUGGUUCCUGUGAGUUUUACACAAUCAGACUCUAGCUUGUACCAGCCUUUGAUUACUUCAUGGUAGUUAUAGUCUAAACACUGUUGGGGUCUUUUCUUUCCGAUGUUCGAGGUGUUGGAUAUAGUAUCUGUUGAUACAGAUUCAUUUAAAAUCUUUUCAUAUAUGUGGAUGGAUUAACAUGCAAAUAAUAAACAUAUUCCAAUUUUCAACAAA